AUGACAGCCAGACUCUCCAUGGUCACCGGGUCUAAGGACCCGCCGCUCAUGACCAUGACUCUGGGACAACUCUGUCAGUUGCAGGCUAAGCGUCAUCCCAAGAAAGCGGCUGUCGGAGUGGCAUGGACCGGAGCCAGAAUAUCGUACGCUGAUAUCGAUAAAUACAGCAUAAAACUUGCCAAGGGUCUCAUUAAAUUGGGUGCUCGCCGCGGUAGUCGCAUCGCAAUAUUUUGCGGCGAUGAUGAGAGAUUUAUCAUACUCUUCUUUGCUGCUGCGCGAAUCGGGGUGUGCUUGGUCAUUUACAACAAGACCUGGACUGCUGAGGAAUGUGAACGUGCGGUCAGACACAUAGGUGCGCACUUCUUCAUAUCCAUCGACCAUGAGCCUCUGGCAUUGUUCAUUGCAGACGAGGUGAAUGGCAAGCCCUCUGAUACUCUCUUCCAGCAUUUGGAACGGCAAUGCCCCAACAUGAAGCAUUUGGUUCGUAUGCGCGACGGGGGAUCCAGAAGAGGCUUGGGGAUGUCUUGGGAAGAUGUGGUGACUGCAGGCAGACUGAUCCCCGAGAGGACCCUGGAGCGAUUGCAGGCCGCAGCCAAUGCCGAGGAUAUUGCGAACAUACAAUUCACCAGCGGCACCACAGGAGUACCCAAGGCAGCCAUGCUCACUCAUUUCGGCCUCCUCAACAACGCCCGAUUCAUGGGCGACUAUCUCGGCCUUGAUUGCGAAGAUAUCAUAUGCUGUCCACCGCCGCUCUACCAUGUCUUUGGCUUGGUCGCUGGAUUCUUGGCGUCGUAUACCCACAGCUCGACGAUUGUGUACGCCAAUCGAGACUUCGACCCGGCAGCCGUGGCUGAGGUGAUCGUAAAAGAGAAAUGCACCGUUCUUCAUGGUGUUCCAACCAUGUUCACAGCUAUCAUGCAGCAGCUGAAGAACACAGGCCAAAGGGUGAACACACUGAGAACAGGUAUCGCCGCAGGAAGCAAGGUCCCUCCAGCGUUGUUGACGGAGCUCCACGAGCAAUUAGGUUUCAAGAACAUUGCCAUCUCCUAUGGCAUGACUGAGACUUCACCAGCAAGCUUCAUGACACAGACGACAGACACAUUGGAGCAGCGCCUUGAGACCGUCGGUCGCGUUUUGCCUCAUGUUUCAGCGAAGGUCGUUGAUUCCAAGAACCGCACACUCCCGCUUGGUGUGCCAGGCGAGCUCUGUAUCUCUGGUUGGCUUUUGCAGAAAGGUUACUACAAGAACCCUGACAAGACGGCCGAAGCAAUGAUUCGGGGCGAAGACGGCGUCGUAUGGAUGCACACUGGCGAUGAAGCAACCAUCGACGAAAACGGAUAUUGUCGCAUAACGGGAAGAAUCAAGGACAUAAUCAUUCGAGGAGGUGAGAACGUGUAUCCUGGAGAGAUUGAAGAGCGCCUUCUGGAUCAUCCGUCGAUUAGUCAAGCUGCCGUGAUAGGUGCCCACGACCAGAAAUAUGGCGAGGCGGUUGCAGCAGUCUUGGCAUUGCGGCCUGGUUGUGAGAAAGUGGCGUUGGGAGACUUAAGGCAAUGGGUGCAACUUCGUCUGGGUCGACACAAGGCGCCUGCUCAUGUGUUCUGGGUCGGCACAGGGGAGCAUAUCGCAAAUUUUCCACUUACAGGCAGCGGUAAGAUUCGAAAGGACAUCCUGCGAGAGUUGGUCGACCAGAUUGUAGCGCAUAGCAGAUCGGCUCAGCCCAAGCUGUGA